AUGAAAGAGGAGAUAAAUCAUCUUCUGAAAUUAUAGAAUUAUUAUGACAUUUUAGGUGUUUAGAAAAAUGCAACUGACGAUGAACUUAAGAAAGCAUAUAGAAAAUUAGCAUUGAAAUAUCAUCCUGAUAAAAAUAAUGCAGAAAAUGCACAAGAAGUUUUCAAAAGGAUUUCAGAAGCCUAUUCCACAUUAUCAUCUCCUGAAAAAAGAGAGAGUUACGCGCUCUAGCAAUAAAAACCUUAAGCACAUCCUCAUUAAGGCAAAUAUUACAGGCACUUUCAACCAGAUGAAGAAUUUGAACUAUUUGCACAGAGUUUAAAAAGAUAGUUUCAAAGACGUGCAGCUCGAAAUGAGGCAAAAGAAACACCUAAGAAAUCAUAACAAAAUGCACAUUAUGCUAAAUUAUUGAAUAGCAUAAUUAAAUUAAUUCUCUUAUUCACAUUCCUUUAUUUUGCAUCUUAGGCUUUCUAAUUUCCUUUUAAGAAAUAACCUUUAUAUUAAUUUUAAAAGAGCUUGCAAUAUUCAGUAUAGAGGACUUCAAACAAAUUACAAGUAAAAUACUUUGUAGGGGAUCAAUUUAAGAAAGAAAAAUUCUCGUAAGAAAAACUUCUUAAAUUUGAUUAUGAUGUGGAAAAGAAUUAUGUAAAUUAAUUGAAAAGAUAAUGCGAUGCAAUUAGUUUAAAACAAUAAAAUUAUAUGAAAUUAAUCAGCAAAUCUAUUUAUUCAAGUGAAAUUAAAAGAUAUUAAAAAGCGAUUGAUUAAUUAGACUGGAGUUCAUGCGAUCUAAUUAAAGAGUUAAAGUUAAAUUUUGAAAAAUUUGAAGCUUAUUUUUGA